GUAACAUCGCAUUCACAUUUUUCAUUCCUAUUCAUUUUACAAUCCGAGAGAGAGAGCGAGCGAGUGAGGGUGAGAACAGUGUGAUUGUGAUUUCGAAAUGGCUUCAAGACCCAUUGUUCCUCAACAACAACAACCCAGAGGUGAUGCUGCCCUGGGGGGAGGAAAACAGCAUCAGAAGAAGAACGGUGUAGCCGGCGGCGAUGGAAGGAACCGUGGAGCACUACGUGAUAUUGGAAAUGUUGUCACUCUAAGAGGAGUUGAAGUCAAGCCAAAUCGCCCAAUCACAAGGAGUUUCUGUGCUCAACUACUUGCCAAUGCUCAAGCAGCAGCUGUUAAUGAAAACAACAAGAAACAGGCUUGUGCUAAUGUGGCUCCUGCAAGACCUGUGGCUCCUGCAAAACCUGCUCCUCCUGUUCUUGAUGGAGUUGCAGUGGCUAGAAGAGUGGCCACAAAACCUGCUCAGAAGAAAGUCACUGCAAAACCAAAGCCGGUGGAAGUUAUUGAUAUAAGUUCAGAAGAAAGUGCCAAUGAAGAAGACAAGUCUGUGCACAAGAAAAAGGAAGUAGAUGUCAAUUCCAAGAAGAAAUCACGCACUCUCACUUCUGUUCUCACAGCUAGAAGCAAGGAACAGUGUGAUUGUGAUUUCGAAAUGGCUUCAAGACCCAUUGUUCCUCAACAACAACAACCCAGAGGUGAUGCUGCCCUGGGGGGAGGAAAACAGCAUCAGAAGAAGAACGGUGUAGCCGGCGGCGAUGGAAGGAACCGUGGAGCACUACGUGAUAUUGGAAAUGUUGUCACUCUAAGAGGAGUUGAAGUCAAGCCAAAUCGCCCAAUCACAAGGAGUUUCUGUGCUCAACUACUUGCCAAUGCUCAAGCAGCAGCUGUUAAUGAAAACAACAAGAAACAGGCUUGUGCUAAUGUGGCUCCUGCAAGACCUGUGGCUCCUGCAAGACCUGUGGCUCCUGCAAAACCUGCUCCUCCUGUUCUUGAUGGAGUUGCAGUGGCUAGAAGAGUGGCCACAAAACCUGCUCAGAAGAAAGUCACUGCAAAACCAAAGCCGGUGGAAGUUAUUGAUAUAAGUUCAGAAGAAAGUGCCAAUGAAGAAGACAAGUCUGUGCACAAGAAAAAGGAAGUAGAUGUCAAUUCCAAGAAGAAAUCACGCACUCUCACUUCUGUUCUCACAGCUAGAAGCAAGGCUGCAUGUGGUUUGACUAACAAACCAAAGGAGAUUGUUGACAUUGAUGCUGGUGAUGCCAACAAUGAGCUUGCUGCUGUUGAAUACAUUGAAGACAUUUACAAGUUCUACAAGAUAAUUGAGAAUGAGAGCCGUCCACAUGACUACAUGGACUCACAACCUGAGAUAAACGAGAGGAUGAGAGCUAUACUUGUUGAUUGGCUAGUAGAUGUCCACACUAAGUUUGAACUUUCACCUGAAACCCUUUACCUAACUAUCAACAUUGUUGAUAGGUUCCUAGCUAUCAACCUUGUUUCAAGGAGAGAACUUCAAUUGGUUGGCAUCAGUGCCAUGCUGAUGGCAUCAAAGUAUGAAGAAAUCUGGCCACCAGAGGUCAACGACUUUGUUUGCCUCUCAGAUAGAGCUUACACUCAUGAACAAAUCCUCAUGAUGGAGAAAACCAUCCUAGGGAAACUUGAAUGGACGUUGACAGUGCCAACACCUUUUGUUUUCCUCGUUCGUUUCAUCAAGGCGUCGGUGUCAGCUUCAUUAUCGGUUCCUUCGGAACAAGACGAUGCUUUGGAGAACAUGUCUCAUUUUCUGUCUGAGUUGGGGAUGAUGCAUUAUGAGAGUUUGAGGUAUUGUCCAUCAAUGGUUGCUGCAUCAGCUGUGUUUGCAGCAAGGUGCACUUUGAACAAGGUUCCUGUUUGGAAUGAGACACUUAAGGUGCACACUGGUUACUCAGAGGAACAAUUGAUGGAUUGUGCUAGAAUGUUGGUGAGUUUUCACUCUAGUGUUGGGAAUGGAAAGCUGAAGGUUGUGUUUAAAAAGUACUCUGAUCUUCAGAGAGGUGCUGUUGCUGUGAUUCCACCUGCUAAGAAUCUUGUGGCUGUUGUAGGUGGUGGUUCUUUCUAGAGUUUGAAGAAAAUGAAACAAUGGAGGCUUGGCAAUAACUAUUUGUUAUUGUAUUCUUUUUCUUUUAUUUUUUUUACUGGCUUGCUGUUGUAGUGAAAUCAAAGUUUCAUAUCAUCAUAAUAUAAGCUUCCUCAUUUUUCUGAGUUCUUGUCUCAGAUCUUUAGCUUCAAAGUAACCAGAAGUGUUGUGGUUGAAAUAUAAAACAAAGUUUGAAGCAGCA